AUGCUGAACUCAUCCGCCUCACAACCAGCUCUAGGUGUCCUGACCUCAUGGCAACCGUACAUCCCUUCGGCCAUCAUUUUGGGUAUGAUCGCGAUAAUUUUUGGUAUCACUCGUCUUGUGAAGGAGACCCAUAGAGGACGUAUAGCAUCGAGGCAUAACGAGAAGAAGUCGGACCAUCGUAUCGAGCAAUCCCCUCGUCGUCAUGACGCUCAACUUGACAUCCUACAGCCGAAAACCACACCUACAGCUGAGCUAGAUCAGAAAUUAUAUCUAGCUACCUUUCCCGAUCUCGCUCGAGUAGCGGAUUUGGCUAGUGAGACGGACAGGCAUCGUCUGAUCAAGGACAAGGAGUUAUAUUGGAAGUUGCAGAAUCUGGAGGAUCAUCGGGAAGGAGUACUACAGGAAGCUCGUGCACGACUGGUCGGGCUAUUUGACCAGACUUUGGCUGAAUCUCUCAACGAUCCCUCCGACACUAUCCUGUCCUUGCGUUCAUUUGAUUCAUCUUCUCUCCAAACUUUCCUUCAGAAAUCACACCGGUCGGCUGCAAACCGCUAUGAAACGUAUCUCGGCAGGCGCAAAGCGGGUGGCCCUAGAGAGAUGUUUCCUACAAGGGAGUACGCGCUAGAAUGGCUCAGAUUGGCGGGUGUGGUCAAGUACGUGGAUGGAGGCUGGCUGGGGGGUAUACUGGGUGUAGGGACCGGAAGAGCAGCAUGUCUGGGCGAGCCAAGAGACAACGCAGACGGGAAGAUAAGAAAUGGGAAUCUGGAAAGAGUAGUUAGUAAGAUGGCUUGGCAAGUGAUUUCAGAAGAAUUCGGGGAUGGAGAUUUGCAGAAGAACCAUAUCUAUCUCUAUGAGAAACUCCUCAACGACAUUAAAGCUGGUUCUCUCCAGGCCAAUGGAUCGACCGCUCCAGGACAUAUGGAAGGAUUCGAUGGGCUUAGAGACGAUCAGGGAGUGCUUAGAUGUUGGGAAGCGGCGGUGGCACAGCAGUGUAUUGGUCUUUUGGCAUCGACAAGAGAAUUCUUCCCUGAAGCUUUGGGCUUCAAUAUGGCCUACGAGUCGCUACCAUACCAUUUACUCGUCAGUGCGAGAGAAUUGAAAGAACUGAACAUCGAUAAUUACUAUUUCGCGAUUCAUGUUACUAUCGACAACGCCGAUUCGGGUCACUCAGCCAUGGCUCGUAUGGCCGUUGAGAGAUACCUCGAAGGAAUAAGAGAGAGGGAUGGCGAGGAAGCUAUGGAGAAUGUAUGGAGAAGAGUCCAAACGGGCUAUAUCCUUGCUGAAGGGCUGCCGACGACCCCGAGUGGACCCGUCGAAUUCGAGUCUACGGUAGGUGCAGGCGGAACGACAUUUUGGCAACCUCGCAAAUUCCCGGAUAGACCUCCUACACCGGCUGAAGCUAGAUUGGUGGAUGUGAUCAUGCGAAAAGCAGGAGCAGCGGAGAAAAUGCACUGUACAUCAAGGAUGAAAAUCGGUAAUUUGACCGUAGAAGAAUGGUUAGAACCUGAAACCCUCACCCAAGUAAAAACACUGUCUUUCAUCCGAGCGCUGGCGAGUAAACGACCUUUUGUCAUGCCUGGAGAACCAUCGCGGAGUCGGUUUAUGAGAGAUCUAGAGUGGGGCGGAAAGAUGUUUGGUGCAUUCACAGGAUCGGAAUCGCAUGUGGUCAAGGAAUGGAUCAUCUCGCUCGGACCUAAAAUCAUGCCAGAACGGGCGUAUGAGAAAUUUGCUGGUCCAUCAUUUGCGAAAGAUGAGGAUCUCAAGAGUCACACUACGACAACUGCAUUCGAACAAAGAGCCAAUGACGUUUGGUACGUCCAUGAUCGUUCGCCUAUACCUCAAAUACCCUCGCAUAAUCUGUUCAUGCCAUCGGACUUGAUCGCACAGCCUAGCUACACUCAGUCCAUCCGCAUCGAGUAUGCUCUCAUACGUCCAAUUUGGUAUGUUGCCACCUCACUGUUCGAAUGUUUCCCACUUCAACCAUCUCACUUCGCCACGCCUUUAGGAAUGUACGCUCUGCGACUGAUUCGUGCUCAACUUGGAUUCGGAGCAUUACAUCUUCCCGAAGAUAUCUGCGCGGGAACCGAUGACCUGGUGUUAGAAAGACAGAAACAGCAAAUGAAAGGUUUAUGGGAAUUGGGGAAGAACAUGGAUUCCGCUUCUGGUAUGACCACUUCGAGCGAUAUCAAAGAAAUCGCCAAGCGAACACCUGCAGGAGAGACCAACACUUUUUGUGCGAAAAUGUUAGAUCUGAGAGCGAGGCCUUAUGCGAACGCUCCCGCCAUCUUCGGUGUUUGCCUCGCCAUUUGUCAAGGAUUACAUUCAAACCCAAGUGUCAUAGACUUGUUAAAAGAAGAACAGGAUCGCAUGUCCAUGCAAAGGAUCGUAGACGAACAGGUGACCACUAUAUCGGAGUAUGUUAGAUACCAAAAUGAUCAGUCAGAUACCGAAUGGGAAGAAGAGUUUGUAAGAGGUUUCAUGUGGGCGAAAGGCGAGUUAUUAGCUAUAUCAUCUUAA